AUGAGCACCAUUCAGAAUCUCAAAAAUUUCAUACGUCAUGGCAAGCAGGCUCGCCUUGUCACUCCCCACGCCGAACCCACCACCGACGUUUCCCCUGUUCACGCAGAACAACAACGUCAACCACAGGGCUCAUAUCCUCCUGCUGCUGGAAAUCUGGAUGCUAUCGAUAGCAAAAUGGGCCAUGCGCACACUCAUCAGCAACAAUCAGAAUCUCCGCACUCUCAACCUCAAAAGACUCCCGAAAACAAGCAAGCCAGAACUGCCGAGAUCGAACAGAUUGUCGCAGAGGAACGGAGUAGCAGGUCAAAAAUGCCUAAAUAUCCCGGUCUCGAGCGAUACAUCCUACUGGAGAAGAUGGGAGACGGUGCCUUUAGCAACGUUUACCGUGCAAAGGAUACCACGGGCGAGUUUGAUGAGGUUGCCAUCAAAGUUGUGCGGAAAUUCGAAAUGAACAGCCAUCAGCACGACGCCCAUCUUCAUCCGGAUUUCAGGAAGAAGCCAAAAGCCGCGGAGCGCGCGAACAUCUUGAAAGAGGUUCAGAUCAUGCGACAGCUCGAUCACCCCAAUAUUGUCAAACUGAUCGAAUUCUCCGAGUCGCGCCAGUACUAUUAUAUCGUUCUGGAACUGUGUCCAGGGGGCGAGCUGUUCCAUCAGAUUGUGCGCUUGACCUAUUUCAGUGAAGACCUCAGCCGUCACGUUAUCGUCCAGGUCGCCAAAGCCAUCGAGUAUCUCCAUGAGACUUCAGGUGUUGUUCACCGUGAUAUCAAGCCAGAAAACCUCUUGUUCUACCCCAUACCCUUCGUGCCGAGUAAGAACCCAAGGCCUGUCCAGCCUGGAGAUGAGGAGAAGGUGGAUGAAGGCGAAUUCAUUCCCGGCGUUGGAUCGGGUGGGAUAGGCACGAUCAAAAUUGCCGACUUUGGUUUGUCCAAAGUCAUCUGGGAUAGCCAGACUAUGACCCCUUGUGGCACCGUCGGCUACACGGCGCCCGAGAUCGUCAAGGACGAACGGUAUUCGAAGAGCGUCGACAUGUGGGCCCUUGGCUGUGUGCUCUACACUCUCCUAUGUGGUUUUCCUCCGUUCUACGACGAAAGCAUCCAGGUUCUCACCGAGAAGGUUGCGCGGGGCCAGUACACCUUCUUGUCGCCAUGGUGGGAUGACAUCUCCAAAUCGGCUCAGGAUCUCAUCUCGCAUCUUCUGACCGUCGACCCCGAGAAGCGGUAUAGUAUCAAAGAGUUCCUUGCUCAUCCGUGGAUCCGUCAGACCGAUGAAGCGACCGAAGCAGCUGAUGAUGCGCCCCCUCUUGCCACACCACUCGCUAGUCGUCAAACCAAGCAACAGCCCCUGGAUGCUCAAGCAGCCGAUCAGGCACCCUACGCACCUGUAAGUGCCCGGUUACUGGGUCCAGCUUCCGCCGGUUUAGAUCGCCCCCUGGAUUUCCGGUCCCCUGGCGCGAUCAACCUGCGUGAGGUGUUCGAUGUCGGCUACGCGGUACAUCGGCAAGAAGAGGAAGGUAAACGGCGCAAGAAUUUCCGACAAGGAUAUCGGGGUGCCAAUCCGACCACCGGGUUCCAGUCGGCUCUUAACCCCCUGAACGAGGGCUACGACGACGAAGAGGAUGACAUCACAUUACAACGCGUCCAGAACGACGCCUACCCUCCGGCGAAGAUCCCCAAAGCCUCUCAGCACGCGGGAGAUGUUGCAGCUAUGGAAGCCAAAUUACGGUCAACGAACUUGGGAGCCCCCAGUCACGCUGCUCAAGCUAGACAGGCGCCUCAGUCUCGACAGCAGGGCUAUGGCACCCAUAGUGCGAACGUCGCGGCAGCCGCAAAGCAGAGUAUCAACCGGCACUCGCGGCAACCCUUCGAGCUAAGCCUCAGCAAUGCGACUUUGUUAGAAAAGAGAGGCAGACGGCAACAGGGUCAACCUGUCGUCUAA